CUGCUCUCUAUUGUUAGGCAACGUAUAAUUUACUUAAUGUAUAUGUGGAAUUAUAUGACAAUUAACUUUCAUAAGUGCAUUUUGUAAUGGUAAAUUUAUUGCUAAGAUUUGAGCUAAAUGAAGUUUUUAUUUCCUAUGUAUGUUCUUUUAAUACUUUCAUUUGUUUAGCAAUCAUUUAACUAUCGCUUAGAUUAUAUUAUGGGCUUCAGAACAUGCAGUUCUCUUCGUUUCAAUGUCAAUUUGAUGUAUGAGGGAUAGGAGGAGAGCAAAACUGAGAUUUACAAACUAGUAUAGCUUUAUUACUGUUCCUUAUGUAGUGAUGUUGGUUUGACACCCUAUUGUUUACAAGGCGUAUUUAAAGCUCCAUUGAAAAUGCAUUCAAUUAUUUUGUACCUACUUAUAUCUUGUUAAUGUUCCUUUAAUCUUUUUAGUUUUUGAGUUGUGAGGCAUUGACAUGGUUCCUUCUCCUUUAUACGGUAAUAUUCCCUAAUCAAAGCCUUAUGACCAAAAGUGGGCUUACCGUCUAGUUAGUAAAUUGGGAGGAAACCAAGGGACAAUGCAGAUCACAAGUUGGAACAAAUUUUUGGGUAGGGUGGAGAGCAGAGUAAGCAACAAGUACUCUAAAUUUGGCAUAACGUAUACUUGAGGUUAUUCAUAUUGGCUAAUUGUGUUUAUGGGCAGUUAGUUCUGUAAGAUGCAAUCAUGCACGAUUCCACUUGACUCUAGAAGUUUUUUUUCCUUAUUUUGUUGAAUAAUAGUUUUAAACUAGGGGGUAAGAAAAUAAGGAAAAAACUAAUUUAUUACUGUCUGUGCCUAUAACAUGAUACCCUUUAAUAUUCACCCAUCGUCUAGAAAGUCGAAUAGAUUGGUUUCUAUGACUUUUUAUGUUUGGUGAAUUUUUUGAUAUUCAUCAUUUAUUAUGAAUCGUUAGCGUGGACUGUGGCGUAAGGAUGUGCAUAUGCUGCAAUGAAUAUGACAUUAUUUCAUGUGAUUGAAUUUUGUCCUCCGUAUUUUUAUUUCUAAAUGUCUUUAUUUCUUUACUUUCAACAGAGGGCAUUUAAAUCUCACUCUUUUGCCUACUUCUAACUUGCGCAUCUCAUUUAAUGGAGAUGAUGGUUGUAUGGAGAGGCUUGCAACGUCAAACCCUGGGGCUCGAUGUUCUGGUGUAGAAAUUGAAGAAAUCUCAGCAGACAAGUCUGGACGUUCUUUCUUAUUAAAGAACGCAGUUGGUGAGAUUUCUUAUUUUUGGUGUUCUGAAAAAUCUAAGCUUCUGGGCUGUGAACUGCUCAGAAAGAUGAAGAAUUUUCUCGCAGAAAAGCCUUCACUGGCUGAAUUAACUGGAAUUAGUGAGUCGCGCCUCAACUGUUUUGCGAUUCACCUUCGAGCUUAUUUGGCUGGAUCAGUGAUGAAUAGUGCUCAAACUAGUCGUGUUUUGUCAGAUGCCCCUUCUCUAGAUAACUCGGUUGCUUCGUCGCGAUUGUCAUUCACAUCUCCUAAGACUUCUCGUUUUCGGCACAAUGGUAGUCAAGGAUCGAAGACAAACUUAAUGUACCAGGGUAGUCUUAGUCCCAGGUCAAGUUCUUCUACAGGUCUGCCGAGAAGCUUGUCUUUAUUAAGGAGUAAAGAAAAAGUGAGCUCGCCCGGGGAGAGUUACAUUUCUGUUGUUGACAGCCUAAAUGUUGCCUCUCCAAAUUGUGCAGAUCCACCUAGUUUAACUUGCUUUGAGAAGGACAGGCUUUCUGAAUCAACUGGAGCUGACGCGUUUCCUCAUUUGAGUUUUCUAGAUGUACUUGAGAAAUCCACUGACCUGUACCUUUCAGGCCUGGAAGCUCGAGUUCCCUCAAGUUCAUCUCGUUUGUCUCCUCACUAUUGCUGGUGUCCUCCUGUAACAUCAACUUUGCAAUAUCCUAUUGGAACGCCACAGCUGGCCAUUUCAAUCACUGAAUCAGUAUCUCUACCUCCGCUUUCUUCUUUUCUAUCAACUACCAGGCCAUUGAAACCAUCCGAGCCCCCUGUAGAUUUUCCUCCUUUCCUGCCAGAGCCUUUGGUGAGGUUACCAUUGGCGAGGCCAACUUCACAGCAGAUCCCAACAUUUACGCCUAUGAUAUGUGAUCCCAUUGUCCAUAUUCCAGUUAUUGAUGUUUGCUCCUCUGGUCAAGGAUACUUGGUCAGUUCAGGCCCUGCUAUAUCAACUGUACUUUCACCCUUCAAUCCAAGUCUUGUGGAACCCCUCAUUCCGGAUGCAGAAUCAGUUGUGGAAAAAGGUGCGCGGGAGACGCUUCGCAUGCUCAUCAGAAGCUCUAACGGGCCCAACCCGCAGCUUCUUGAUGUGUUGCCUCCUGUCCUCACCAGCAGCAAGGACAAUAACAUCCUUUCCCUUGGAAGUAGGGGCCUUUAUAUUGGUACCAGAGAUGUUGAUGCCAUCAGCAAUAAUAGCAUGACAACUCGGGGGUUGGCCUCAGUGUCCGAGAAGUCAAUGGGAGGUAGUGUUGGCAAAAGAUAUAUUAGAAGAGAUGAUUUGGGCUAUCAAAAUGAGAAGAUUAGUGGUUCUGGUCUAUCAAAUUCUGAUGAUCAUUGUUCAAACUUGAGAGACAAUGGAACACUUUGACUGACAAUAUCGGUUUUUUAUUUUUAUUUUUAUUAUUAUUAUUAUUAUU